UUGACUUGUACGCUACCCUGGUCCCAGGUUUCUCGUUUUGAUCGUCCUGAUGGCAGUCUUCGAACGGUCUACAAACGCGCUGGACACUUUCGACCGCCAACUCGAAUCUGUUUCUGGCCUGGAUCGUCUGUAGGUGGUAGUCUGCUACUCAGCGCCGGUCAGGACAGCGUUAUGCGCAUAUUCUCCACAUUCAAUCAACACUUGGACAAGAGUUUGGGUCGAGCCUACGCUCCGGGGGUGCCGGACAGUCGAAAGGCCAGUGUAGAUCAACGUUCAUCCUGGCUUCUACCCGGAUGNAGUCAAAUUUCUAUGUGUGCCACACGAGCGGCAGACUGGGACAGUCUAGUGGCCAUUCAUGCCGAUCGCCGUCAGGCGACCACGUGGAAUUUCGUCAACGCAACUCGGGGGAAACACUGGCUUGAUGCGAAAAAGUUUGUCGGUAGAGGUGGUGAGGCUGUGCGCUUGUACAAACACACUACAGCCACAGCUGUUUUUAUCACAAAUUGUGGCAACUAUGUGCUGAUUGGGUAUUCCAGCGGAGAUGUGGUUCUGUUCAACCUACAAUCAGGUUUGGAACAGGGAUACUAUAACAAUCCUACCAUUCAUCCGAGCUCGGUUGUUGGGAUCGCGGUCAACAAUGUGAGGCGUGUCACCGUGACUGUUGGUGGCCUGGAGAUUCGAUUCUGGUCAUUCCACAAACGAGAAUUGCUCCACUCGGUCGACCUACCGUCGAAUGCACUAAGUUCUCGGUUUCACAGUGACAAGUGA